AUGCGACCUACAACAACAAGGGCGAUUUUUAGCGAAGAACAAAGGGAUACUAGCAUAGAAUUAGCAUUUAAAUAUGCUGUAUACAAAAUUAACAAGGAUCGAAGUAUAUUGCCGAAAACCACUUUAGUUUACGAUAUACAAUACGUACCGGACUCGACUGACUCAUUUAGAACGUCGAAGAAGGUUUGCAAGCAAAUCGAGAAUGGCGUCACAGCGAUUUUUGGACCCCCAUCAGAUCCGCUGCUUUCGCCACACAUCCAAUCGAUUUGUGAAGCUUUAGAUAUACCUCAUUUAGAGACUCGAUUUGAUAUUGACACUGGUGCUAAAGAAUUCUCCAUUAAUCUCUACCCACAACAGCAGAAGCUCAAUGAAGCGAUUCUCGAGACUGUGAAGUAUUUGAAUUGGACUCGUUACGCGAUAAUUUACGAAGGCGUUUUCAAACAACAGGAUCUUAUGAAGUCUUCAGAGCGCGGAAUGGAAGUUUACAUUCGACAAGCUCUUCCUGAAACAUAUCGACUCGUUUUGAGAGAAAUUAGACAAAAAGAAAUUUACAAGUUGAUCAUCGACACGAGUCCACAAAAUAUAAAUAAAUUUUUCCGGACGAUCCUUCAGCUUCAAAUGAAUGAUUUCCGGUAUCAUUAUAUGUUUACUACAUUUGACAUUGAGACAUUUGAUUUGGAAGAUUUUAAGUACAAUAGUGUUAAUAUAACAGCUUUUCGUCUUGUUGAUGUCGAGAGUCCAAAAGUGAUGGACAUCAUGGAAAAGAUGAAAAAGUUUCAACCGAAUGCUAAGGAUGCGUCAAAUGGAACUUCAGUCAUUAUGAGUGAUUCAGCUCUCAUGUUUGAUGCUGUCACAGUUUAUGCUCAUGGCUUGUCAGAGUUAGAUAGUGGACAUAAAUUAAAAUUAGUGAAUUUAUCAUGCGAUUCAGAGAUACCAUGGAACGAUGGACUUUCUCUCUUCAACUAUAUAGAUUCCGUCAGUUUAACGGGGUUAACAGGAAAGAUUGAAUUUAAUGAAGGGAAGCGAGUAAACUUUAAGUUAGAUUUAUUGAAAUUGAAACGGGAAGAGCUUCUAAAAGUGGGUCAAUGGACGUCGGAAAAUGGACUUGAGAUCAAAGACCCAAAUGCAUUCUACGAGUCGAACAACACGCGCAUCACAUUAACUGUAAUGACACGUGAGGAGAAACCGUAUUUGAUGUUAAAAGAAGGAAACUUCACAGGAAACGAUAGAUUUGAAGGCUUUUGCAUAGAUUUAUUGAAAGGAAUUGGACAACAAGUUGGUUUUCAAUAUACAAUUCGAUUAGUUCCGGACAACAUGUAUGGCGUUUACAAUCCCGAAACAAAAUCAUGGAAUGGCAUUGGUAAGAGAAAAACAAUUUCCAACAAACAAAAAGCACUUAAUUUUUGUUAUUUACUCACAACAACAGUUCGUGAGUUGAUUGAAAGGCGAUCGGACUUGGCUGUCGCAUCAAUGACAAUAAACUACGCUCGAGAGAAUGUUAUCGACUUCACAAAACCUUUCAUGAAUCUCGGAAUUGGAAUUUUAUUCAAGGUUCCAACAUCACAACCAACGAGACUCUUCAGUUUUAUGAAUCCUUUGGCAAUAGAAAUUUGGCUCUACGUUUUAGCCGCAUACACACUCGUAUCCUUCACAUUGUUCGUCAUGGCGCGAUUCUCACCAUACGAAUGGGCGAAAAACUUUUGCCAUCAAGAGCAAGUUGUUGAGAAUCAAUUCAGUGUAUCAAAUAGACAAUCAAGUGGCUUGAAUCCAAAGGCGACAAGCACACGAAUUGUGGGCGGCAUCUGGUGGUUUUUCACCCUCAUAAUUAUUUCAAGUUACACAGCAAACUUGGCUGCUUUCUUGACUGUUGAAAGGAUGAUAACGCCUAUCGAGAAUGCCGCAGAUUUAGCAGAUCAACAAGACAUCUCUUAUGGAACCCUUGAAGGUGGAUCAACGAUGACAUUCUUUCGUAGUAAAAAGCCAUCUGUGUUUGUAGCAACAUAUGAAGAUGGAAUAAAGCGAGUUCUUGAAGGAGAUUACGCUUUUCUCAUGGAAAGUACGAUGCUUGAUUUCGCGGUCCAAAGGGAUUGCAAUCUCACACAAAUUGGAGGUUACGGCAUCGCGACUCCCAAAGGAAGCAUAUGGCGCGAUAGAAUUUCUUUAGCAAUUCUUGAACUGCAGGAGAAAGGAACGAUUCAAAUUCUUUACGACAAAUGGUGGAAGAAUACUGGUGAGAUUUGUAGUCGUGAUGAGAAGAACAAAGAAUCGAAAGCAAAUGCUUUGGGUGUCGAGAAUAUUGGUGGAGUGUUUGUGGUUUUGCUAUGUGGUUUGGCGUUUGCAAUUCUCGUUGCGAUAUUAGAAUUCUGUUGGAAUUCAAAGAAAAACGCUCAAAAUGAUCGACAAUCGUUAUGUUCGGAAAUGGCAGAAGAACUAAGAUUUGCUGUCAGAUGCCAUGGAUCUCGUCAACGUCCAGCCCUUAAGCGUAAUUGUACGAAGUGUAGUCCGGGAGCGCACACGUACGUUCCAUCGACUUUCAACCUUCCACCACCUCAUCACUACGGGCGAAUUCCGUCUCCAAGUCCUGGAUCAGGAUCGUCCGCCAUUGUGACACCGGUUGUAUCAUCAACUACAAUAGCAACAGCAACGGCGGCAGCUGGGGCUAUUAAUAAUCAUAACUCGAAUUUCGUAUUUACAUCCCCUUUACACACCCACCAUAAUUCAUUACAUCGAUUGAAGAAUGGCGAACGAAUGAUUUUGUUCCGAAACAACUCCUUGAAGCGAAGCUUUAAGAAAAUAAAUAAUGAGGUUUUGUAUACAAAUCCACAUCACUGCACCAUCGAAUUAAAAACAAAAGCGUCAUCAUGCUUACAUUUAUUCAACAAAUCACCGCCGGUAACGUUAACAACAUUCAGCCGUGGCAACCAUUCGAAUGGUGAUGACCAACAGAAGAAUAACGAAAUUUUGUGGCGUUAUCAAUAUGAUAUUAGUAAAGCUAAGACAUCACAUUCGCAAUGUAACUUGAAUAAUAUUCAUUGUCAUAAUUACAAUGCCAAUAACAUGAUAAUGACAGAAACGAAAUUUAAUAAUUCUUUAGAGAAUAAAACGAUCUUGUAAUGCCACUUACUUUUCAUUUUUCCUUUCUCCCCUUAGUCCUAUCCAUCUGCGAUCUGUCUAUCUAUCUUUUCACGGUCGAAAUGUCGAGAAGGGAAAAGAAAAAAAAUUCUCAAAACAUAAAUCGAUUUAUUUAUGAUGAUUUGUGGAUUUUUCCUUUUCUCUUCACUACAUGCUCUUUUUUUUUUCUUCUUUCUCAUUUUUCGUUUUCAUUUCCUUUGAAUAACUUUCUUGAAUCUUCUCAAUCAUUAUCCAUCUUGAAAGAUGAUUAUCUUCAUUCUUACUGAUGUAUUUACGUUUAAUGUUAGCAUCUUUUCCAACGAAUAUCAUUUAGAAGACGAUUCACGUGAAAUUGUGGCAUCUGUUUGAUUUUACUGAGAAGAAAUUGCUUUCCUCAUCAAUGGUUUCAUCAUUAAAGGCAUGAAAGAAAAUAUCUAGUUAGUCAAAGUCAUAAAUUUUCCUCGGAAAAAGGAUAUGUCGAAAAAGGUGCUGAAUCAAACUAUCUUAAACUAUAUUUACUUCAUCCUAAAUUGAUGAAGAACAUUUUGUUAAUGAAAUUAAUAAAAGAGUAUUAAGUAUAAAAUGAUGAUGAUGACCAUUUCGUGUUUUAUUAAAUGUAAUCAAAAGAAAAACUUAUUAAAGUGAGAGAAAACAAAAUUUUACUAAUUGGCCAAAGAGAAAAGAAAAAAAAUGAAAACAUUUUUUAAAGUGUACC